AUGGGCCGGCAAAAUUUUUUUGGAAUUGUAGUGGGUACCGCAAUGCAAAAAACUGUUAAAGUACGAGUUGCAAGGCAAUUCGUCCACCCUAUAGUUCGUAAGGUUAUAACGAGGCACAAAAAAUUCCUUGCACAUGAUGAAAAAGAAGUUUGUGCCUUAGGUGAUGUAGUAAGAAUUGAGGCUUGUAGACCAUUGAGUAAAAGGAAAAGUUUCACUGUUGCAGAAAUCAUUAG